UUGCCCAUACAGCCCAUAGCAAAAAGUUAAAAAGAAAAUACCAAAUUAAAUGAAAAUCCCACUUUUGCCCCCGUAAUUAUCCCCAAACAACACUUCCCCAGGCCCAGCCUUUCUUCUUCUCCGGGAUCUCAAGCUCUCCGGCGAUUUGCUUUUCUUCGUUCAAACCUGUAUAGAGAUAUAUAUAUUUUGAUUUUAGUUUUUUUUUUCCUAUUAAUUAAAUUUAAUAACUGAGUCAAUUUUGAAAUUAAAAAAAAAUAAAAUUAAUUCUCGAAAUUUUGGUAUAUAUUUACUUGAUGCGUCUCUUAUUAUCCAGAAUAGUUCCCAAACCUUCAUCCCCGAAAGCCGAAUUCAAUCUUUCGGUUUUCCGAUUCCCGUUUUGCAGUCACCGCCGCCGAUCCUCCGCCACUACUAGUGGUAGUAGUGACUGCGUAACCACCGAGAAUUGUACUGGAAUGGCGUCGACGUCGGCUAGUUCGAGUUCAAAGCCGCCGCCGGUUGGGAAUAUUCCCAAGCUCCCGAAGGAGGUAGACGAAGUCGUAGGGAUAGCGAAGAAGUGCUGGCACAAGUUCAGGAAGGAGGCGACGUUCGCGCUCUACACUCCCUUCAUCGUCUCUUUGGCGUCGGGGAAUCUCAAGGUCGAGACGUUCGGACAGUGCGUCGCACAGGACGUUUAUUUUCUCGGGCCAUUCGCUCAAGCGUUUGAGUUAGCAGAAGAAUACGCAGAGGAUGAUGAUGCAAAGCAUGGGAUUAGUGAGUUGAGGAAUACUACCCUAGACAAACUCAACUUGCAUGAUUCUUUUGUCCAGGAAUGGGGCUCUGAUGUCGUCAAAGAUACUACUCUGAAUCCAGCAACUUCUAAGUGCACAGAUUUCUUGUUGGCUACAGCCUCAGGAAAGAUUGAUGGGGUCAAAGCUACUGGUAAACUUGCAACUCCUUUUGAGAAAACCAAGUUGUCUGCUUAUACCCUAGGUGCUGUGACAUCCUGCAUAAGGCUUUAUGCCUACAUUGGUAAGGAGCUGCAGGGACUUAUUGAUCAUAAAAGUAAUCAUCGCUACAAGAAGUGGAUUGAGAAUUACUCCUCAGACAGUUUCCAGGAUUUUUCUUUGCAAACAGAGGAGUUGCUGGACAAGUUAAGUGUCUCUUUGACUGGGGAGGAGCUUGACAUCAUUGAAAAACUUUAUUCUCAAGGAAUUAAACAUGAGAUAGACUUUUUCUUAGCUCAGCCACUUAUUCAGAAAGCUGUUGUACCCCUCUCAGGAGAGCAUAACCUAGAAGAACGCCGACUGAUGAUAUUUUCCGAUUUUGAUUUGACAUGCACCUUUGUUGAUUCAUCUGCCAUCUUGGCAGAAAUUGCAAUAGUAAUGGCUUCAAAAUCUGAUCAAGUCCGAACAGAAAAUCAAAUUGCACGUAUGACAUCGUCUGAUCUAAGAAACAGUUGGGAAGUUCUCUCCAAGAAUUACACAGAUGGCUAUGAGCAGUGUAUAGAGAACAUGUUAGCCACUGAAAGAGCGGAGAAGUUGAACUAUGAAGGUCUGCGAAAAGCACUUGAGCAACUUUCAGAUUUUGAGAAAGAAGCAAAUUUAAGGGUGAUUGAAUCUGGUGUGCUUAAGGGUCUUAACCUGGAAGCCAUUAAACGAGCUGGGGGGCUUUUGAUUCUCCAAGAUGGUUGUAUGAAUUUUUUCCAAACUGUAAUAAAAAAGGAAAGUCUGAAUGCAGAUGUUCAUGUGCUCUCCUAUUGUUGGUGUGGUGACCUCAUUAGAUCUGCCUUUUCAUCAGGGGGUUUAAAUGACGAGCUAAAGGUGCAUGCAAACGAGCUCGAAUUUGAAGAAUCUUUGUGCACUGGUGAAAUUGUGAAGAAGGUGGAGUCCCCCAUUGACAAGGUUCAAGCUUUUGGUAAAAUCCUCGUAAAGAGGUGCGUGAGUGAUACGAAGACACCACUGACUGUUUACAUUGGAGAUUCAGUAGGGGACUUGCUAUGUUUGCUUGAAGCAGAUGUAGGCAUCGUGGUAGGUUCAAGCUCGAGUCUAAGAAGAGUGGGGAAGCAUUUUGGCGUCAAAUUUAUUCCACUCUUUCGUGGUGUGGUUGAUAAGCAGAAGGAAUGCAUUGAGGUCAGUUGUCCGGCAUUCUUUACACAGCCUCAAGCUGGGCUGAGAUACACGCUUUUGUGAUUGGCUCUUAGGAUGGAUCAUCUCUUUUUUGACUUGGGACAUUGAGAGAAAUGUUAAUACAAAAUAGAAAUUAGUGAGAUAGAUACAAUGAGUUUGGUGGCCAAUUUUAUUGUGGCUACACACACUGCAACUCUUCCUUUCCUUAUAGGCAGGAGGCUACUGUGCUCAGAAAUGUAAAUGUGAUUCAUUUGGCUGGAGAUCUUAGCCACAAACAAUACUUUUUGAUCGAUCAUUUCUCUUUGAACAAUAUUGAAGUUUGCGUUUAUGAA